UAACGCUUUACUUUGGCCAAAGUGAUGUUUUGCCUUUCUAAUUUCAUUGCGAGCGUAAAGCUAUUGCUUCAAUGGCAAAUUGUUGGCGGGAAUUUUUGAGUGCGUAGUUUAGUAUUUGAUAUAAUGUUUUUAUGGUCGCAGUGAUGUGAUUUUCGAACGGAUACGACGUGUAGACCUUUUCUCAUCGAUUUCAGCAAACAAAAUAAGGACUUCAAAAAUUUGAAACGAGUAAAAAUGUAUAGCGGGCCUAUGGAGGAGCUUCCGUCCCGCAGCGCGUUAAAACAAGGCGAAGUACCAUUAAAUUCACAAGCCUGUCCAGAGCAGCGAGCCUCGUGGUGGUCGCUUCUGUCCUUCAGCUGGACAAAUUCUAUUAUGGAAAAAGGUGUUAGUCAACAAUUGACGCUCGAGUCCCUUUGGGACCUUCAACAGCAAAAUCAAACUCUUCCUAUUGAAACAGCUUUUCAGCUGCACCUUAAUAAAAAACUCGCUGACAUUAAAAAGGAAAGUGUCGACAAGGUGGCAGUACCGAGUAACGGCAGUACAGAGGCGGGUCAGAGAGAGGCCUAUAAAACUGGGUUUGGUGGCCUUGUGGGUCAAGCUUUAUUCGCCACAUUCUGGACCACAUUUGCUCUAGGUUCAAUCUGUCUUUUUGCUGCGGACUUGUUGGGUUCCCUCGGUCCCGUGUUGCUGAAGAAGUUCAUCGGAGUGUUGCGCCAAAAUGUGGGUCGAACGGCGUACGAUGCCCAAAACCGACUACAUUUAGGGGGAUUUUAUGCGUUUAGUUUAUUAGGCACACAAUUGGCUUACGUAUUUACAAGUCAAAUGCACUAUCAUCUUCUACACUCAUUAGCGAUGCGUGUGCGAACGGCGAUUAUUUCUGCAGUUUACCGAAAGUCGUUACGGCUCUCAGCAGCUUCACGACAACGCUUCAGCGCUGGCGAGAUGGUAAGCCUUGCGUCAUCAGAUGCGCGUAGCCUCAUGGUCGUUACGCGCACGGUGCCGCUGCUGUGGUCGGUACCUCUGCAGGUUGUAGUGGCCUUUAUUCUAAUCAGAGCAGAGGCCGGGCCAUCAGCUGCCUGCGCCGGCCUUAUAGCCAUGGCCGCCCUGAUUCCGUUAAGCUCGUGGCUUGCUGCCCUUCAAAAGGCCACCCAGGCUUCUCAGAUGAUCACAAGGGAUAGCCGGAUCAAGGUGAUGUCUGAAAUCAUUGGCGGCAUAAAGGUCCUUAAACUACACGGAUGGGAGCUGGGAUUUAAAAAUGUCGUAAGCAACAUUCGCGAUCGUGAACUAGAAAAGUUAUCGAAGCUCGCUGAAUUCGAAUCGUAUUUAACGCUCGUGUGGUUCAUCGCACCGUUUAUGGUUUCCCUAGUGACGUUCACAGCCUACGCGCUGAUGCGGCCAUCCAAAGAGUCUCUUGGACUCGAGCAGGCCCUCAUGUGCCUAGCGCUCAUCCAGCAGUUACGUGCCCCUCUCCAACAACUUCCGCAAGUUCUAUCGUCGCUCGGGCAGGUUUCGGUAUCGAUUAGGAGACUCGACAUGUUUUUCACCGCAGAAGAAAUUGAGGAUUACAUCUCAAAUGAUGACGAUCCGAACGCUGCGAUUCGUUUUGAGAACGCGACAUUUCAUUGGGGUAGCCCUCCACCAGCAAAACGAGAUACGGCAGCAGAAUUAAAACGCCUGAAUAUAAGAUCCAGCAGAGGGGAAGUUAAGGGAACUAUUGAGACCCAACAGAACGUUGUGACUCUAGGACCCUUUAACUUCAAUGUUCCUCACGGUGAGCUAUUGGCAAUCGUCGGUCGCGUAGCCCAGGGAAAGAGCUCCCUUUUGGCUGCCCUACUCGGGGAGCUACAAAAGCUAUCGGGCAAGGUAAAUGUAUCCGGCCGAGUGGCGUUUGUACCGCAAGCGGCGUGGUUACGCAGUGGCACCCUUAAAGAUAACAUUCUGUUUGGGAAACCGCUCAAUGAAACCAGGUACCGGGAUGUGCUGCGUAGAUGUGCUUUGUUAGAAGACCUGAAGGUUUUACCCGCUGGAGACAUGACAUAUUUAGGUAAUGCGGGCAUUGGCUUAUCCGGUGGCCAAAAACAGCGAAUAUCAUUGGCCCGAGCUAUCUACGCAGGAGCUGAGAUUUACUUGUUUGACGAUCCGUUAGCAGCAGUUGAUCCUCAAGUUGGUAAACACAUUUUCGAGCAUGUGAUUAGUGAUAAGGGCAUUCUCGCUGGUUCUACUCGGGUAAUUGUCACGCAAGCGGUCCAGUUUCUCUCACGAAUGCACAAAGUUGCUGUUAUCGAUGGCGGUCAAAUCAUUCAGCAUGGACCUUACGCGGAACUUCUCGCUAAUCGUGAAGCGCGAUUUCGGGCUCUGUUGAGGCGAAUUAGCGAACAGGGCGAGCGAGAAAGGGAGAUACAGUUGUUAGAAGAAAAGUUUUCCUCGCCUAAAAAAAUUGUCGUUCCACUCGAUCCGCGAUUGUCGAUAACAAGCGAUGAGAAUGAUCCAGACGCGAACAUACGUGUGCUGAGUGAGUUUAUCGCUUUGGAUUCGACGACGAGGCUGACAACUCGAGAGUGCGUUCAGAUUAAAGAGCGUCCGCAUAUCAUCAGGGAAUACCUAGCCCACACCGGGAGCGCACCCUUUGUUUGGGCAGUACUAGCUUUGGUGGCGUCCGCCGCAUUUGAGAUGGGGUCCACUUCCUGGAUAUCAAAUUGGAACAAUCGUCCCUAUUUACAACAGUCGGGUUGGACCCUGCGCUUAGCCGGCUAUUCACUCCUGGGAGCGCUACAAGGAGUUUGUCUCAAUUUGGGAACGAAGUUCAUUGCCAAGUCGGGUCUUCGCGCAGCCCGAACGUUACAUGAUAGCAUUCUCCAUAAGGUCCUGCAUGCCCCAUUUUAUUUUUUCGAUGUCACUCCUGCCUGCCGGGUGCUAAGCAGGUUUGCUGGUGAUUUGGAAGAUGUAGAACUAUCGUUGUUCCAGUGUUUACGCGAAUGGUUGCAAUGCUUUCUACAGUUGUUAGUGAUUUUCACCGUCAUAUGCAUCAAGGUUCCCCUGUUCGGUAUUCUGAUAAUCCCGCUCGGUAUUGUAUACUACAGAAUACAGCGUACCUAUUUGCCCACGUCGUCGCGAUUGCGUAACUUGGAAAUCAGUACACGAACUCCAAUUUUAACCCACCUUAGUGAGACCAUACAAGGGGUUACGGUGAUUCGCGCUUUUAGGGCUCAAGAUAUGUGUACAAAGCAGAUACGCUAUCUCGUUGAUGAAAACAAUAGAUGCUAUUACCCAUAUCUCUGUGCUAACAGAUGGUUGGGGGUCCGCUUGGAGAGCCUCACAACGUUCGUCCUCUUUGGUACAGCAUUAUUAAUAUUAUUCGGCGGAAACCUAAUAACGCCGGGCGCUGCAGGACUCUGUCUUUCGCAGGCGCUUCGGCUUGCUGGUACCUUUGGCGUCCUUGUCCGUGUGACAGCAUCUGUCACCGUAGCCUUGCUAAGUCUCAAUCGGCUUCUUCAGUACUUGUACUUACCUGGCGAGGCAAAUUGGGAAGAGGAGUCUGAUGCAUCAGUUCCGGAGAAUUGGCCUUUGACGGGGACGGUCGAGUUCCAUAGCUAUUCCACUCGCUAUAGACCCCAGCUACCUCUUGUCGUGCGAAGCAUUUCGUUUCGUGCCGAGGCUGGCCUUCGAAUAGGAGUUGUUGGAAGGACUGGAGCAGGCAAGAGCUCACUUGCUCUGGCGCUACUUCGAGCCCUCGAGGCUGUCGAGGGGCGAAUUACAAUCGACGGGGUAGAUAUUGCCUCGCUUGGGUUACACACUCUGAGGAAAAAAAUUUCUAUCAUUCCGCAAGAUCCAGUUCUGUUUUCGGGAUCGCUCCGCCUCAACCUCGAUCCGUUUGGACAUUAUUCCAACGACGACCUGUGGAACACCCUUGAAAAAUCUCACUUAGAAGACUUCGUACUAAAAAGUCCUUUAGGACUUGAUAUGGCGAUAAGUGAGGGGGGUGGAAAUUUAUCCGUGGGCCAACGUCAACUGGUUUGCUUGGCAAGGGCUCUGCUCCGUCGAUCGAAGGUUGUCAUUUUCGAUGAAGCGACAGCCUCCAUCGAUGACGAAACAGAUCGCCGUAUCCAGGAGGCGGUCAGAGAGGAGUUCGUCGGCAGCACUAUCAUAGCGAUAGCCCACAGGCUUCAUACUGUCGUUACUUACGAUAGGUGA